AACUUAUUUUAACCCCUUCUAAUUUGAUCAAACCACCUUAUUGAUAUCCCUACCCUCACUUCCUAAAAGGAAGAGUUGUAGAAUUUUGCUCAAAAACAAAAACUAAAAAAAGAAAGAAAAAAAAGAGAGACGGUUUUCUUCAAGGCAACAAGCGUCAACAGAAGCAGCAACCUUAAAGGGUUGAAAUCGGGAAAGACAGUAAAUAGUGGAGCUGAAAUGGAUCCGUUGGAGGGUGUGAAGGAGGGAGGAAGUAUGGAAGAAGUAGCUUUGUGUAACUCGCAAGGAAAAUUGAUAUUUGGGAGGUACUCUGAUGCAGAAAUGUUAGCUCAGCUGAAAAAACUUGCUCUAGAUCCUUGUGAUUCAAAUGUAUCACGUCAGGGAAUUCGACCAUUAUGGAAUCAGAUGCUAAGAGUGCGAGAUGUUAUGGCUCUUGCUGAUAAUGACUGUUCGUGGAAGAAAAGAAAACUUCAACAGUUUGUGAAAGGUCAGUUGAGAUCUGCUUCUGGACUUCCAGCAGAGAAAUUUAACCAGAAAAGUAAAUCAAAAGUACGUAGAGGACAAGGGCAUUUUUCUCAUGCCUCCGGUAUUUCCUGCUUGCUUAAUUCAGUUAACUCUGCAAAAAGUUCUCCCCAAAAAAAUUUAUCAAGUUCGCACAGUGCAUGUAGUUUACUGGCAUUCGAGGACAAUUUUCAAGAGCAGUUAUCUUCAGAAUUCUCCCUCCAGAAUGAUGCAAAAGAUUUUGGUCCUACCAGCAAGGAUUUGUCUUCCUUAGUUGAUUCCGAUGAGUCAGUAAAUGGUUCAGACCUGAUGAGUCGUGAUAAUCGGACCCCUUCCGUUGCCUCCUUGCUGACCUUGGAUGAUGCAAUUCAUAAUUCAAGCUUGUUGUCUGUGAAAGGAUCAAGAAGCAGAUCUCUACAACCGCCUCGUCAAUCCUUCAGGUUGCUGAACUUCAUUGGCGACCGACUUCAGAGAUUUGUUAUUCCAGUGGGGCCUCGUUUCCAAGCUGAAGUUCCAGACUGGAUGGAACCAGCAGACAAGGAUGACAUUAAUAGUAAAGCCAUGGACUCUGAAGAUUCAAGAUGGUUAGGCACCCUAGUUUGGCCUAUUGAAAUCGGGAAUAUGGAAGUGUCUUCUAGACCAAUUGGAAGAGGGAGACCUCACUCCUGCUCUUGUCGGUCUCCAGGAACCACUAACUGUGUCAAUCGCCACAUUCUUGAGGAAAGGCUAAUUCUGCAAUGUGACCUUGGCCCUGCUUUCUUCAGUUGGAAAUUUGAUGAAAUGGGAGAGCAAGUUUCGAAGGCAUGGUCAUCCAAGGAAAAAGCGGCCUUUGAGUCAUUGGUCAAAAGGAAACCACAACCAAGUGGAAAGAACUUUCUGAAGCAUGCAGUAAAGUCCUUACCACAAAAGACUAGGAAAACCAUCGUCAACUAUUACUUCAAUGUUUUCAUCCCCCGACAAUUGAGCGUACAGAAUAGGUCAUCCAAUAACUUAGUCAAUAUUAGUGAUGAUUUUGCUGAUGACAUUAAUGAUACAGGCAUGCAUAAAGGAAGUGAAGGCCAGAGACCUGAGGGUUUGAAAAGUCGAUACCUAUGUCGGCCAAUUUAGUCCCUGGAAGUAGAUUAUCUAACAGGUUAUUUCCUCCUUUCAGGAUGUUUGAUAGGAGUGAACCUUUCGAUACAAGUAUGAUAUCUUAACCAUGUUAAUAUCGGUUCAGUGAAGAUCAUUUGUUCAGCACAUUUUUGGUCUAUGGCGUUUGUUCUACAUAGAUUUGAGUAAAGAAAUGUCUAUUUAGUAUUAAUCCAUGGUACUUGUUCUAGCAUGAAGUGUUCUGUGACUAUUGGGUUCAAUUUCUUCAACUUAGACGAUCUACUCCAGCAGUAAACAUUGAAUGGGAAUUUACUGUACUUCCGUUUAAGAAUUGGGUUUUUAAUUAUUUUUUGUUUGCCCUUCUCA